CUGUAUGGAAAUAGAGAGGGCGUGACCUGAGGUUACAGUUUCAGGUGAGAGCAACUGAAGGGAAGCAAAGGUUUUGUGCUGUUUCAGUCUGUCAGGACUCCUGGAGACAACUUUACCUUUGGAAUAUUGCUGAACAGAAAGGUUUACCAAUAUGGUCACUAUGCGAAAGUGCCUGACAUGCUCAAGACUACAGUUGGCUGUGAUGUUUGUGCUAACAGUUUAUCUCAACACAGAUGUCAUAGAGGGUAUUCAGAUAACAUCCACAGGGCCUCAGACCAUUCAGAAAGCCCAGGGGGAGACAGUCACGCUGGGGUGCACCUUCAUCCCUGACCCCUCUGACAUAGGAGAACUGGACAUUGAGUGGUUGAACGUCCGUCCAGACAUGACCCAGAAAGACCAGCUGAUCUUAUCUUAUUCAGGAGGCAAAAAAGUGCAUUAUGGGGACCCCAGCUUGUCUACCAGGAUGGACUUCACAGGAGCUCCCACACUGGGAGACGCAUCCGUCUCCAUCUCUGCAGUGAAAGCCUCAGACACAGCCACCUACCAGUGCAAAGUCAAGAAAGUGCCGGGUGUCGACAUGCGAAAAGUCACUCUGGUAGUGAUGGUUCCACCAUCAAUGCCUAAGUGCUGGGUUGAAGGUGGCGAGGAGAAGGGGAGCGAUGUCACCCUCCGAUGCCAGUCCUCCGUGGGAUCCAUCCCCAUCAACUAUGUCUGGACCAGAGAGAGUGGAGGGGCCAUCCCGCCCACAGCAACACAAAACUCUCAGACUGGAGAGCUGAUGAUAAGAAAUCACUCAGAGAGCUACAUGGGAAACUAUCUUUGUGUGGUGUCGAAUCCUGUUGGCAAAGUGCAGUGUAAAUGCACCCUGCACGCAUACAACCCUUCCAACAAGGCAGGGACCAUAGUGGGUGCUGUGAUUGGUGGCCUGCUACUGUUGCUCCUCCUCCUGCUUCUCAUCUGGCUUCUGGUCUGCUGCUGCCACAAGCGUCGCUAUGAGAAGGAGGUUGCCCAUGAAAUCAGGGAGGAUGCCCCAGCCCCAGAGAGUCGCCCCGCCAGCAGGAACUCCAGCUUCCGCUCGGUCCUAGGCUACCGCUCCCACCCGGGGGUGGUCUACAGCUCAGUAAGAAAGGGCCAGCCCAAGAGGACAGAAUCAGGCCACAGCAGCAUCUACACAGACAGCGGGCAGCAGGCCCCUCCUCUGUUGAAAUAUGACAGCAGUUAUGGCUAUCCUGUGUAACAAUAAUUUGGGUUGGGAUAAGAAACCUCAUCGCAUUUUUGAAAUGUCAGUUUAGGACAUUUUACCAAACUUCAGUAUAAACAGCUAUCACAUGCAGGCAUAGACCGCCACAGUUGAGAUGUCAUAAUACCCAUAAAAACCUAGCAGUCAAACAGAGAAAUGGUUCCGAUUGUUUUCCUCCAUUUUUCCCAUAGGGGAUUUUAGAAACACUUAAAAUAAGGUCUGUGUUUUGUGUAGGCUUACCCUGGCAUGACGUUUUGAUAAGCAUUUAAAUUUGUCUCAGACAAGGUGACUUAUCAAAAUAUUUGGCUCUAUUUUCUCUGUUUAAAAAUGCAAAUUUGCAUCAAAGUAGACAUCAUGCAAGACUACAAAUCAGUGCAAGCUCCUGACACCUUUGCUAACAGGUAAUGUGUCAAUUUUAAAACUUGCACAAGACAGUUCACAGAAUUGUCAGUAUAAAGGAGUUUAGCAAUUUUUUUCAAAUCUACAUUUAGCUAACAUUUAGAUAGUUACUCGAGAGAUUCUUACCUUCGCCUCGAUUCGGCAGUUUUGUCCAGAUCAUCAUGGUAUUUGUAGUUCUUUAUGAUAGCCACAUACAAGCAAAUAUAUUGAUAAAAGUCACCUUGUCCAAGAGAUAUUUACAUGGUUAUCAAAAUGCCACGCCAGGGUAAGCCUACAC